AUGCAGCGGGGGAAGGAUCAGGAUGAAGAUCUGCUCAAGAUAUUUGGAUGCAAUGCCAAGUGUGAGCGCUUGAAAUGGUCAGGCCACCAGUUUUGUUGGAAACAGCCUUGGGUUCCAGCGCCUGAAAAGACAGGAUUGAACGUUCCACCAUACCGCAGCCGGCCGGUGCCCAUUUACGGCAGGACAUGGGCAACCAGAUGCAAACGCCGGGCUUCACCGGACUCGCCGAAGAACCUUUCGAUGAAACGAAGCACGGUCAGACCCCUUCGUUCCCGUCGACGCCGAGAACAGGCAAGCGGUCCUCCUCGAAUUUUGAUCAAGUGCAGACAAUAG